AUGAAGAAGGAGACAGGCAUGUAUAUAUCUAAGAAGUCAUUAAAGCAUCACUUUGACCCCCGUAAGUCUCCACGGGACACAUACCUACUAUGCAGACUGCAGUGGGGUGAGGCUGGCAUACCUUGGAUACACUGGGUCAAAAAUGAACAUUACCAUGCUGAAGUCUACUUCCUGGAGAAGAUCUUUAAGAUGAGAAGAUCCAAUAAUUAUGUCAAUUGUUCCAUCACCUGGUACUUGUCCUGGAGCCCUUGUGCAGACUGCUGCCAUAAAAUACUGAAUUUCUUAAAGAAGCACUCAAAUGUGAACAUCAUUAUAUAUGUGGCACGGCUUUAUUACAAAGAAGAUGAAAAAAUCCGCCAAGGUCUGAAGAACCUUGUGAACUUGGCGGGCAUAACCAUUGCUGUCAUGGAAAUUGAAGGCAAGGUUUCCCAUGCUUUGUGGGACUGGGAAGGGGUGAACUGGUGA